GAAGAGACUGUUUGUUGUUCAACUACGGGUCGGCUUUUCUGUAGCGUCGCCCUCCAUCUCUCCAAUAGUGCCUCGCUCUCUGUCUCCGCCGUUGAUUCUCAUCGGGAAAUUUAUAACGAGCCAGCGCCGUCCAUUAUACCGAACGAUGAAACUCACCGUUAAGACUCUCAUGGGUCGUCAGUUUGAAAUUAGGGUUCAGUCCUCUGAUACGGUAAUGGCGGUGAAGAAGAAUAUAGAGGAUUCGCAAGGCAAAAACAAUUAUCCAUGUGGGCAGCAAUUGUUGAUUCACAAUGGAAAAGUUUUGAAAGAUGAAACUACUUUGUUGGAGAACAAGGUUUCCGAGGAAGGUUUUCUUGUCGUCAUGCUUAGCAAGAACUGCAGCUUCAGCUGGUCAGUCGUCGGCUCAGCCUGCUUCCACUACUACGUCUACCACAUCUUCGACUAAGCCUGCAGCCACAUCUACAACCCAGUCUACAGCUGUGCCUGCUUCACCUAUUCAUGCUCAAGAACAACCAGCGGCACAGACUGACAAUUAUGGACAAGCUGCUUCAACAUUGGUUAGUGGCAACAGUGUCGAGCAACAAUUAAUGGAGAUGGGUGGUGGAAGCUGGGACAAAGAAACAGUUGCUCGUGCACUUCGUGCAGCUUAUAACAACCCUGAGAGAGCAGUGGAUUAUCUGUACUCUGGAAUUCCUGAAAAUGCUGAAGUAGCUGUGCCUGUGCCAGCACCUGUGGCUCAGAUGGCAGGAUCUGGUGCAGCCCCUGUCGCACCGGCAUCUGGAGGUCCUAACUCAUCUCCUUUGGAUUUAUUCCCUCAGGAAACAGUUGCUGCUGCUGGCACUGGUGAUCAUGGGACACUUGAAUUUCUUAGAAACAAUGAUCAGUUCCAACAACUACGCACCAUGGUCCAUUCCAACCCUCAAAUUCUCCAGCCCAUGCUUCAGGAACUUGGAAAGCAAAACCCUCAACUUCUGAGGCUAAUCCAAGAGAAUCAGGCAGAGUUUCUUCAGUUAGUAAACGAGCCCUAUGAGGGAUCUGACGGGGAUGCAGACAUUUUCGAUCAACCCGAGCCCGAAAUGCCACAUGCCAUUAACGUCACGCCAGCAGAGCAAGAAGCGAUUCAACGGCUCGAGGCAAUGGGAUUUGAUAGAGCCUUAGUUAUAGAAGCCUUCCUCGCAUGUGACCGUAACGAGGAAUUGGCAGCUAACUAUCUAUUGGAGAACUCAGGAGAUUUUGAAGACUGAGUUCCAAAACAAAUCUCUCUCUUCUUUGAAAAAGUUUUGGCCAUGUCAGCUACCUUUAUCCCUCGUUUCUUACCUCUCCAGUCUCCACCUUCUGUUGGAUAUCUAUUUAUCUUCUGAGAGUUACUGUGUGGGAUUUGCUCUCUCUCUCUCUCUCUCUCACUCCUGACUUGGGUUUAUUUCGUUGAAUUUUACAUUUCUCCGUUUGCGUUUUCAUACGAUUUGCGCGGUUGUGACGUUUGUGAUAGAGAGAUAUUUGUGUAAAAGAAACAGAGAGAGAUCACGUUAUUCUCGAGGGAUAAACAUAAAGGUGUAAUAGAUAUUUAUCAUAACCACAUUGUUCCUAUGUUGUUGUGAUUUUUGACA